AUGUCUGUGUAUUUAACAAAGCAACAAGUUGUUGGUUCUUAUGUCUCUAUUAACUCCUCACUUGUGUCUGUCGAGUCUAAAGAACUUGAAGAGCUUACUCAACCAACAACAGAGCCAUUAGUUUAUGAAGUCAUCCGAGUUAUCAACAGCAAAGUUCUAUUUAAAGAAGACCACAUAGCGCGACUUACCAAGUCGAUUGAGAAAGUCGAAGCCCAGAAACAGAACAGUUCCGCUGUAGAAAUCGUCCAAACGCAACUUCCAAAACUGAUUUCAAGACUCCAAUUGGUCAAUGGAAAUUUGCGAGUAGUUGUCUCGCCAAGUAUCGUUCUCGUCCAUCAAAACGUCCACCACUAUCCUACAGAGGAAAUGAGAAGGAACGGCGUGAUCCUUGGCGAAGUCCAAGUCACACGAGAAAACCCAAAUAUGAAAAGUAUUCGACAGAACUACACCACCACCGUGUCUGAAGCAAUGAAACAAGUUUACUUUGGCCAAGUCGUGUUUAGUGUGUUGUUGAUUAAUUCGGACCAGUGUUAUACAGAAGGAAGUCACUCAAAUGUCUUCUUUGUUAAGAACAACACUCUAUAUACAACACCAGACAAUUUGGUCUUGAUCGGCGUCACGCGGAAAUACGUGUUACAAGCCGCUCAAGCACUUGGAAUGAAUGUCGUCACACAAUGCGUCCAUACAUCUGAGCUUUAUCAGUUCAAGGCCUUUUUAUCAGGAACUUCUUUGAACGUCUUACCCAUCCAUUCCGUCGGAAAUGUCAUUCUUGAAAGUGAGAAGGACCAAACUAUUAAAAAUUUGGAAAAUGAAUAUCUCCAGAUUGUACACAGAUAUCUUGAUGCUCAAGAAUGA